UAUCAUUUUCUCUAUUCAAUUCCUGAGUCCCAUCUACCACUCUACGAAACAGCACUCGGAUCUAACCCUGCAAAGUUAAUCCAUUUUUCUGCUUCAUCAUCGAUCUUCUUGAUUUAUCUUUCUCAACAGUUUAUCAUAUUCGCAAAUUGCCCUUUGAAAUGGCAGCAAUUUACAGCCUCUACAUCAUCAACAAAUCAGGUGGCUUGAUUUUCUACAAGGAUUAUGGGUCUGCUGGAAGGAUGGACACAAAUGAUAGCUUGCGGGUUGCGAGUUUAUGGCACUCGAUGCACGCAAUCUCUCAGCAGUUAUCGCCAGUUGCAGGUUGUUCGGGCAUUGAGCUUCUCGAAGCUGAUACAUUUGAUCUCCAUUGCUUCCAAUCACUCACUGGGACAAAGUUCUUUGUGGUCUGUGAGCCUGGGACACAGCAGAUGGAAGCUCUCUUGAAAGUCAUCUAUGAAUUGUACACAGAUUAUGUGUUGAAGAAUCCCUUCUAUGAGAUAGAGAUGCCUAUACGGUGUGAGCUUUUUGAUUUCAACCUUUCGCAGACAGUACAGAAGGAUUGUGUCGCCUUGCUGGGCCGAUGAUAUUCUCUGCAACUUGGAUCUGAUUUUAUUUUCUUUUGAUCUGUUACCUUUGAAUGUAUAUUUUCAGAGCAAUCUUAUCUUCUAGUUUGUGUAAGAUAACUAUAUAUUUGAUUUGUGUCACACUCUGAUGUUUAUUUAUGCAAAUUACUAAGCAUUUGCGGGAUGACAUAUUCAAUAAUGGAGAGAUUUUCUUUGUA